AUGGCCGGCAACGUGAAAAAGAGCUCUGGGGCCGGGGGCGGCGGCGGCUCCGGGGGCUCGGGCUCAGGCGGCCUGAUCGGGCUCAUGAAAGACGCUUUCCAGCCGCACCACCACCACCACCACCUCAGCCCCCAUCCACCGGGGACCGUGGACAAGAAGAUGGUGGAGAAGUGCUGGAAGCUCAUGGACAAGGAAGACAUUGGCGUGGACCCAGUGCGGCAGUCUUUCUUCCAUUAUGUUUGCAUCCUUCAUAUGAUGCGAAACCUAACCAAACUGUCCCUGAUCUUCAGCCAUAUGCUGGCAGAACUCAAAGGAAUCUUUCCAAGUGGACUCUUUCAAGGAGACACAUUUCGGAUUACUAAAGCAGAUGCUGCUGAAUUUUGGAGGAAGGCUUUUGGGGAAAAGACAAUAGUCCCUUGGAAGAGCUUUCGACAGGCCCUACAUGAAGUACAUCCCAUCAGUUCUGGGCUGGAGGCCAUGGCUCUGAAAUCCACUAUUGAUCUAACCUGCAAUGAUUAUAUUUCAGUGUUUGAAUUCGACAUCUUUACACGACUCUUUCAGCCCUGGUCCUCUUUGCUCAGGAACUGGAACAGUCUUGCUGUAACUCAUCCUGGCUAUAUGGCUUUCUUGACAUAUGAUGAAGUGAAAGCUCGGCUCCAGAAAUUCAUUCACAAGCCUGGCAGUUACAUUUUCCGGCUAAGCUGUACUCGUCUGGGUCAGUGGGCUAUUGGUUAUGUCACUGCUGAUGGGAACAUCCUCCAGACGAUCCCUCACAACAAACCUCUCUUCCAAGCACUGAUUGAUGGCUUCAGGGAAGGCUUCUAUUUGUUUCCUGAUGGACGAAAUCAGAAUCCCGACCUGACAGGCUUAUGUGAACCAACUCCCCAAGACCACAUCAAAGUGACCCAGGAACAAUAUGAAUUAUACUGUGAGAUGGGCUCCACAUUCCAACUGUGUAAAAUAUGUGCCGAAAAUGACAAGGAUGUGAAGAUUGAGCCCUGUGGCCACCUCAUGUGCACUUCCUGUCUUACAUCCUGGCAGGAAUCAGAAGGUCAAGGCUGCCCUUUCUGCCGAUGUGAAAUUAAAGGUACUGAACCCAUCGUGGUAGAUCCAUUUGAUCCUAGAGGAAGUGGCAGCCUGUUGAGGCAAGGAGCAGAGGGAGCUCCCUCUCCAAAUUAUGAUGAUGAUGACGAUGAACGAGCUGAUGAUUCUCUCUUUAUGAUGAAGGAAUUGGCUGGUGCCAAGGUGGAACGACCUCCUUCUCCAUUCUCCAUGGCCCCACAAGCUUCCCUUCCUCCAGUGCCACCACGACUAGAUCUUCUGCAACAGCGAGUGUCUGUUCCUUCAAGUGCUUCUGGUCCUGGAACUACUUCAAAGGCUGCAUCUGGCUCCCUUCAUAAGGACAAACCAUUACCAAUACCUCCCACACUUCGAGAUCUUCCACCACCGCCCCCUCCAGAUCGGCCAUAUUCCGUUGGAGCAGAAACCCGGCCUCAGAGACGCCCUCUGCCUUGUACACCAGGCGAUUGUCCGUCCAGGGAUAAACUACCCCCUGUCCCCUCUAGCCGCCUUGGGGAAUCAUGGUUGCCCCGGCCAAUCCCCAAAAAUAUGAAUAGCAGCAGCCCAUUAGUAGGUGCAGAGUGUGAGCACCCCAAAAUCAAACCUUCCUCAUCUGCCAAUGCCAUUUAUUCUCUUGCAUCCAGACCUCUUCCUGUGCCAAAGCUGCCCCCUGGGGAGCAGUGUGAAAAUGAGGAGGACACAGAGUAUAUGACUCCCUCCUCUCGGCCUCUGGGGCUUCAAAAGCCAGAGGCAAAAAGGCCUUUGGAGACAACCCAGAGUUCACGAGCGAGUGAAUGUGACCAGCAGAUUGAUAGCUGUACAUAUGAAGCAAUGUAUAAUAUUCAGUCCCAGGCAACAUCUGUCACAGAGAACAAUUCUUUUGGUGAAGGGAAUUUGGCUGCUGCCCAUGCCAGAACUGGCCCUGAGGAGUCAGAAAAUGAGGAGGAUGGGUAUGAUGUCCCUAAGCCACCUGUGCCAGCGGUGCUGGCCCGACGAACUCUCUCAGAUAUCUCUAAUGCCAGCUCUGCCUUAGGCUGGCUGUCUUUGGAUGGUGAUCCCACAACAAACUUCAGUGAGGGUUCCCAAGUUCCUGAGCGGCCUCCUAAACCAUUCCCUCGGAGAAUCAACUCUGAACGCAAAGCCGGUAGCUGUCAACAGGGUGGGGGUGCUGCCGUUGCUGCUGCUGCCGCCGCUGCUGCCUCACCUCAGCUCUCCAGUGAGAUUGAGAACCUCAUGAGUCAGGGGUACUCCUACCAAGACAUUCAGAAAGCUUUGGUCAUUGCCCACAACAACAUUGAAAUGGCCAAAAAUAUCCUCCGGGAAUUUGUUUCAAUUUCUUCUCCUGCCCACGUAGCCACCUAG